AUGUACAAUGUUAUCAUACCAACAUACAAUGAAAGAGAGAAUAUCUGCGUUCUGUUGCGAAUGGUUUCCGAUGUGCUGAGAGAAGAGGGAAAGGCUUUCAAGAUAAUUGUUGUGGAUGAUAGUAGUCCCGAUGGGACACAUGAAGCAGUAGAAUCGCUGGGGCUUCCAAAUGUGUGUCUUUUAUUGCGGAAGAAGAAGCUUGGGCUUGGAAGUGCAUAUAGAGCAGCACUGGAACAUUGUGAGCAUCCCUUUACAGUUGUAAUGGAUGGAGAUCUGUCACAUGAUCCUAUGUACAUCAAGGAUAUGAUCAGGUUGCAAAAAAAGGGAGCGGAUAUAGUUGUCGGAAGCAGAUAUUCCAAAGAAGGGGGGGUGUAUGGUUGGUCAAUCAAGAGGAAGAUCAUAAGUCUUGGGGCCAACAACCUUGCCCGGACACUCCUCAACAUGGAUGUGUCGGACCUCACAGGGAGUUUUCGAUUGUACAAAACAGAGGUGUUCAAGUUGCUGGUUAAGGAGUCUGUAUCCACGGGCUAUUCGUUCCAGAUGGAACUGAUGUUCCUAGCGAAAAGGCACAAUCUUACUAUUGCCGAGUGCCCAAUAGUUUUCCACGAUAGAAGGAAAGGACAAUCCAAACUGUCUGCAAUGGAGAUGGUGAUGUACUUUAAAACAGUGGUCUCUCUGUUUUUCAGUGUUUAA